CUUGGGGUCCUUCGACCGGCUUGCGAGGCUAUACAGUUUGCGCGUGCGUCGUCGUUCUUUCUCUAGCGGCUCCAGUUGCUGGUCGGAAGCUGCUGGUGGCGGCAGCGGUAUCAGUAGCAGUUGUCUCGGGAUGGGCAAGUGCCGCGGGCUCCGCACGGCCCGGAAGCUGCGCAGCCACCGGCGGGACCAGAAAUGGCAUGACAAGCAGUACAAGAAGGCGCACCUGGGCACGGCGCUCAAGGCCAAUCCCUUCGGGGGCGCCUCGCACGCCAAAGGCAUCGUCCUGGAGAAAGUGGGUGUGGAGGCUAAGCAGCCCAAUUCUGCCAUCAGGAAGUGUGUGAGAGUCCAGCUGAUCAAGAAUGGCAAGAAAAUCACAGCUUUUGUUCCUAAUGAUGGUUGUUUGAACUUUAUUGAGGAAAAUGAUGAAGUGUUAGUGGCUGGCUUUGGUCGAAAGGGUCACGCUGUCGGCGACAUUCCUGGAGUCCGCUUCAAGGUUGUAAAAGUAGCCAAUGUUUCACUUCUGGCUUUGUACAAAGGCAAGAAGGAAAGACCAAGAUCAUAAUGUAAUUCUUAAAAUAAAAAUUUUCAUUUAAA